UGCUGCUGCAGGCGGCCCGGGCUGUGCUGCUUGCUGCUGGACUCGGGCCUGGAAAGCUCCGGUUUUGCCGCUCUAAUCCAGGGCACCGAGGGAUCCUGAGCUGGGCCGCUCACCGCUGCACGACAUGGGAGCCUGGCUUGCUUCAGGCCGGGCACUGCUGCUCUAGACAGCGCGGCCUGGAGUGGGGGAGGAGGCAGAACCCGGAUCCAGCUCUAUAGGAGAGAACCACCAUGGCCCAGGAGAAAAUGGAGCUGGACCUGGAGAUCCCGGGGGCUCCGAGUGAUGGGAGUCUGAGGAGAUCAAACAGCGCUCCCCUUAUCAACGGACUGAGCGACAAUUCGCAGGUGUUUCAGCCAGAUGCUAUGAGAGCCCGCCGCAACAGUACAACUGUAGUGAAUCGUCAAUGCUUGGUUGUGCCAUCUUCUCCUGUGCGUAUCCCAAGCAGUCGUCUUCACCAGAUUAAGCAGGAGGAAGGAGUGGACCUUAUGAUUAACAGGGAGACUGCACAUGAAAGGGAGGUACAAGUGGCAAUGCAAAUGAGCCAGUCCUGGGAGGAAAGCCUGAGUCUGAGUGACAAUGAUCUGGAAAAAUCAUUUUCUCCUAAACGAAUAGAUUUUGUCCCAGUGUCCCCAGCGCCUUCUCCCACUAGAGGAAUUGGAAAGCAAUGUUUUUCGCCAUCAUUACAAAUUUUCGUCAGCAGUAAUGGAUUGCCUCCUAGCCCCACUCCAAGUCCAACAAGACGUUUUGCAAACAGGAGGAGUCAGAGUCCCAUUAACUGCAUUCGACCUAGUUCACUUGGACCUCUUAAACGAAAAGGUGACAUGGAGAUUGAAAGUCAGCCAAAGAGACUUUUCCAAGGAACUACAAACAUCCUUUCACCAGAUGUUGCUCACUUAUCAGAGUUGGGUGCUUGCCUGUCUUCCGAAACUCUGGAUUGCAGUAGCAGCAGCCUCAGUUCUUCAUGCGAGUCUCCUGCUAAAACCCUCGUCAACGAAUCUCCACCGUCAUCCGACUCCUGCUCGCUCUUCAUGCCAGUUGACCAUCAUUUGCCUAAGUGAGCGAGCUACUCCGCAGUUAUUUUUCUCCCUUCGACAUACAAAAACAUGGACUUGUAAACCAAUAAAUAUUUCUGUUGAGCUAUUACACAUAACCUCUCUAGGAAAAUCCUGAAUCUCUGCAUGUCACAAUUUGCUGAAAUGUUCUUUGGUCAUUUCUUCAGUGAGAUGCAUUAACCGAGCUGAUAAUUUAAUCUUUUCCAAAGUGUUAUGUGGUGACAUCGCAAACCAUGCCAUGUUUAAGCUGCUGGCAACCUUUGCCCCUGCACUAAAACAAAGAUCUAUUUAUUUAUAGGGGCAGUUCCUGAAAAGCUGUCAUACUGUAAUAUAUUACUACUGUUGGAUUCUCCUGUUCAGAAGCCUGUAUUUUAGUAUUUGUAUCAUUUGAGUCUCUUGAAGUUGUGACCUGGAUAACAAUUUUUGAAAAUUG